UUUCUCUCUCCCCAAGCAGUGAGGCUCGGACAGUGCUCGGCUCCAGCGCUUUAUUUUAAGAUGAUCGGCCAAGGUCUUUGCAGAUAGAUUUUAUCUGAAGUUAAAUAGCAGGCGCUCGCCGCUCCCUCGCCAAUAAGUCAUUUUUAAUAGAGACAAAUCGCCCUGGACGCCCCGGAGCGCCGGUGCCGCCGCUCCUGCCCGCGCCCCCCGCCGAAGGCGAGCGGGCAGCCCGGGCAGCUCCCUCCUCCCGUAAGUGUCCUGCUCGGCGGAGCCGGAGCGCGGCCGUGUGCGGAGAAGGGGAGGCGAGGGGGGGGAGAGCCUGCCAGCCGCCCCGCCGCCCCGACAGUGCCUGCGCCGGAUGCCCAGCGGCCGCGGGACACCUCGGUGCGGAGCGCGGCGAGGAGAUGCGCAGGGUCGGCGGGCUGCACCGCGGCGCUCAGCCCCUCUAGGCUCGCCCAUGGAGCGCCCCGCGGAGCCCCGGCCGCCGUCGGACCCCCCACGCCGCUGGUGAGAGCUCUGCUGGUUCUGUAAAGUGGAUGUCAGGUGGAUCUAUGUUCUGGAAGGAACAAAGAGGCAGCGAAGGCAGCGCGGGGGAAGUUUGAGCGGCGAGGAUGCAGGCUGUGUACUGGUACGCGGUCCUUCUGCUGCAGCCCACCCUUUACCUGGUUACCUGUGCAAACUUAACAAAUGGAGGAAAAACAGAACUUCUAAAAUCAGGAAGCUCCAAAUCCACACUAAAACAUAUAUGGACAGAAAGUAGCAAAGACUUGUCCAUCAGCCGACUGCUGUCACAGACUUUUCAUGGAAAGGAAAAUGAUACAGAUUUGGACCUGCGAUAUGAUGCCCCAGAAACUUAUUCUGAGCAAGAUCUCUGGGACUGGCUGAGGAACUCCACAGACCUGCAAGAGCCUCGGCCCAGAGCAAAGAGACGGCCCAUCGUCAAGACUGGGAAAUUUAAGAAAAUGUUCGGCUGGGGCGAUUUUCAUUCCAACAUCAAGACUGUGAAGCUAAAUCUGUUAAUAACAGGGAAAAUCGUUGACCAUGGCAAUGGGACGUUUAGUGUUUACUUCAGGCAUAACUCCACUGGUCAAGGGAAUGUAUCUGUGAGCCUAGUGCCCCCUACAAAAAUAGUUGAAUUUGACUUGGCACAACAGACGGUGAUUGAUGCCAAAGAUUCCAAGUCCUUUAACUGUCGAAUUGAGUAUGAAAAAGUUGACAAGGCUACCAAGAACACACUCUGCAACUAUGACCCUUCAAAAACCUGUUAUCAGGAGCAGACCCAGAGCCAUGUGUCAUGGCUCUGUUCUAAGCCCUUUAAAGUAAUCUGUAUUUACAUUUCCUUUUAUAGUACAGAUUAUAAACUAGUACAGAAGGUGUGUCCUGAUUACAACUACCACAGUGACACACCCUACUUCCCAUCAGGGUGAGGACCGACAUGUGUCUGAGACUGAAGCCUGGGGAAUAAAAAAGGUCAUAUGACAGGGCUGUAACCUCAAGGAGGAAGGCCACAUCUAUUGCCUGGAAUGUGUCUACCUGCUGAUGAUGAUGUCAAAUGGCUGCAAAUAUGUUAGUGGAAAACAAUCUAAUGUAAUUUUUGCCCAGACAGCUCCAUGUAUCAGUCUAGUCAUAAAUCACUAUGGAUUUGAAAUAAAACCAUACACAUACACAGAGACACUCUUUUCAGCUCACAUCUGUUGAGAUUCCUGUUAAGAGAGCGUUCACUGUCUGAUAUCUAAGGUUUCAGGAUAACCUAUCAUCAAGAAAAAUGGAUUAACUAGACAGAGAAUGGUUUCUAAUGCAGACUGUUAUGGAAAUCUCUUUGAAAGUCCUUUGAGUAUACGCCAAUCAAUAAUCCUCACUCAUGCAUUCUACUGCUUGGAGUAGCUGUACUGGUAAAUAAUACUGUAGGAGUAAAUACUUGUUAAAAUGGGAAAAAUGUGUGUCUAGAGUUCAGUAUUCCUUAUUAUAUGAACACAGCAAAGCAUCGUGACUUUUUUCCAGCAUACAGUAGGCACAUUCGAGGUGGUGUUAGGUGGCUCUUUUUCCAUGGAGCGAGCCUGUUACUAGUAAAGAUGGGCAAACAUUUGGAAUUUACAUGUGGGCAGACAUUCUGGUUUCAUGUUUCUCUGACUCUUUAAGCUCUGAUUCUUUAAACCUGGUUCAGUUUAGGCCAGAUAAGCUACUUAAAAACUCUCCAACUGAUCUCUAAGAAGAAAAAUGCCUGGCGGAGAACAUGUAAGUUAUAAGUGGCUGUCUUAUCUUUAUUACAAAAUAUUGUAACAAAUUCAAUAUUCUAGUCUUCAUUUGUAUGAAUGGUUUGUAUUGUACAUAAUUUAACUAGUGUUAUUUGAGCUGCUUAUUAAUAUUAACUUGUAAUUGUCUCUCUGCUUGUUAUUGGUUAAAAACAAUCAAGGAAAUGAGGAAUCCAUUUUAUCAAUGUAGCUGUAAACUCCAUUAAAAGACAGAACUAUGUACAAAACAUUUAUUCAGCUAAAGUAUUGUUGAAAGCUAUACAUAUACAACAUUACAGUCUGUCUGUAUUUAGAUAUUUUAUUUCCAGAGAAAAAAAAAUGAACUGUACAUAAAAAUAAAAAAUCUUAAAGUUGAGUUUCAA